GCCUCCAGCAGGGGGCGGAGCUAGGUGGCGGCGCAACGGGCACCCCCUCGUGCUGGCGGCUGCCGACGUCCCCUUCCCGGUUCCCUGUGCUGGUCGCCAGCUAAGACUUUCGUUAUGAGUUGCUAAAAUCAUGGUGAAAUGUUGCUCGGCCAUUGGAUGUGCUUCUCGCUGUUUGCCAAAUUCCAAGUUAAAAGGACUGACAUUUCAUGUAUUCCCCACAGAUGAAAACAUCAAGCGAAAAUGGGUGUUGGCAAUGAAAAGACUAGAUGUGAAUGCUGCAGGCAUCUGGGAGCCAAAGAAAGGAGACGUGCUGUGCUCGAGGCACUUCAAGAAGACAGACUUUGACAGAAGCACUCCGAACACUAAGCUGAAGCCAGGAGUUGUCCCUUCUGUCUUUGAGUCCCCAGAUCACUUGCAGGAGAAGAAAGAAAAACUUCACUGUAGGAAAAACUUCAUUCUCAAAACCCUUCCCGUCACUAACCGCGGUCACCAGCUUGUGGGUGCCUCAUGCAUUGAAGAAUUCCAAUCCCAGUUCAUUUUUGAACAUAGCUACAGUGUAAUGGAUAGUCCAAAGAAGCUUAAGCAUAAAUUAGAUCACGUGAUCAUCGAGCUAGAGAAUACCAAGGAAAGUCUGCAGAAUGUUUUGAACCGAGAAAAACACUUUCAAAAAUCACUGAGAAAGACAAUCAGAGAACUUAAGGACGAAUGUCUGAUCAGCCAAGAAACAGCCAAUCGACUGGAUGCUUUCUGUUGUGAGUGUUGUGAGAGCACAGAAUGAGACUGGAUUUGUGAAGUCAUUUUUUAUAUGUUCCAUCUAGAGUUGACAUCGAUGAUGCUUCUUAGAAGACCUCACACACCAUUUCUAAAUCCUAUAGUCACUGACAGCACUUUGGAUCCAGGCAGCAUUAUGCAUUUUCCCUGCUAACCAAAAACUUAUCGAAGUUGUGCAGAAACGUGUUGUAGUUAUGCUGUGUGUGACUUGUGACAAUUACAUUUUUACAGACAUAAACUAGUGCUGGGUCACUAUUGUAAAAUGGCUGAAUCCCAAAAAAGUAAGAAAAUACAUCAGGUUGGCCACAUUAGUUAUAGCAGUUGGAACAGAAUUUUAACUUUGACUACAUUAUGUGUAUAUCCUUUAUAGUAAAUUGUGAUUUUAAUUUUAAAUAUUUUACUAUAAAGCAGACAUUGUUUACAGCACACAUUUAUCUUGCAUCCAACCAAAGGUGCUUUAGUAAUUAAUUAUAGAUUAUUUUUUAAUAAGGCACUCCAUAGCACUGACCCUGAGAAUAGCCUAUGGAAAAGAUUUAUUGGCUUUUAAGUUAAGAGCCAAUUAGAUAAGACUCCUGACAAGAUGUCAGUUUUUUGGUAUAGUGCAUCAUUCCUCCUCACAAGGACUAGUCAGAAUAGCUUCAGACACCAAAGAAUAAAAGCACACACAUUUGACUUCAGGUGAGCAGGUGUUGCUUCACAAGAACAUGACUCCCGGCUCUUCAGUCACCUCUUCCAUACACAGUGCUGCCACCAGCUGAAGAUUUGCAAGGCUGUCUUGUGGUUUUAAGAAGUAAUAGUGCUGACACUUUUAAAACUGUAAUUCAUAAGGAAAGCUGUUGCAAACAUGCAGAUCUUGCAGUAGAAAUAGAAACGGAACUGAUGACUCUUCAGUGGCAGUAAUUACUCAGAAAUGACAUGCAGAAGCGCUGUUUGGAGACUACUUACCAAGUAUAUAGAAGAAGAGUCCUGGCUGUUUACUGAUUGAGCCCAAUGUUAGGAAUAUUGCUUCUCCCCUGAUUUCUUACUAAAAAAAAAAACUAAAAUUAAGAAUCUUACAUACUAUACAUUAAAAUAAAAAGUAUUAGCCAAAGUCCCACCCUGUAUUAAGCACAAGUCUGAAUGAAUCUUAUCCAGAGAUCUGUGCAUAGUCAGAGUGUGCAACAGUUGUGUCAUUGUGUUAGCAAAUAAUGUCCAGUUUUUGUAUAUUUGUUCCCUGUACCUUUGUUUCAUAGUAGUACCAUAAGGAUAUGGUCAGAUAAAGAUUUUUUUAUUUAAGAUAUUGUAUUUUCAUUGUAGGACUUUAGCUCUUCCCUCUAAAAGAAAUUUUUCCCCACACUUGAAAGAUAAUUGUUGUGCUAAGAUUGAAAUUACUGAGGUUCUUUUGUUACCCUCAAUUUUUUUUUUAUUGUCUGCCUGUUAUUUAUUUUCCCUGUUUAAUUUUUUAAGUCACAUCAGGUACUCUAACGAGAAAUAUGGGUAGAAUCUAAAUCCUCAGCCUGUUUGUGAGCCUGUACGCUUGAGUUGGUGACUGGGAGAUGGUGAAAGGAAAAGCGCGGGUGUUUGCAGACUUCCCCUCCCCGGCUGCCUGACGGCCAUAUAGCAACCCCAGAAGACUGAAGAGGAAGGCUCCAGGCUCCGCCCUAUUUCAUUGCACAGUCACUUUGCCUGCUUGUGUCGUGGUGAAGUCAGUUUCUGUCCUCUCUUUCACUGGUCCUAGGUCACUGUGACUGGUGAGUGGGGGAAAUAUCAGUAAGGACCCAGAGCUUCCCAUUUGCUCUUUACUCUUGGACAAAUAGUUACCAGUGGAAACCAGACUUGAAAUAAAGGAUCCCUACCAGCUGUUGCUUAAAUGCCUAAACACCGCCCCUACCUCAGUCCUCCGCCCAGAGAUUGCAGCCUAGGUCUUCCAGGGAAGAACUGUGGUGUAUAAAGAAAAGGUGGAUCACAACCUACCCGGAAGUUUCCAGGCAGCCAAAGCUGACCUAAGGACUCUAGUUUCUAAACAUGGACUGGCCUCUAGACCCUGCAAUACACUUGGUUUCCAAAGAAGGUAUGAAGGAUUGAUGUGGCAUUUUCUCCAUAUCAAGUUUGGAUUUCUGAAAAUAGACUGUGUUGCUAAAGGUACCUGUAUAUAUCUUUAAUUUGAGAAAGGGUGAAAAUGUAUUAAUUAUAUACUUAGUUUUUAAAAUAAAAUUCUGACAAAUAAUUGAGGAAUGAAAGCUAUUUAUUUGAAAAAUAAAAAUUUUGUCUAGUAA